ACGCGCGGCUAGCGCCGGCGCAGUGAAGGAGACACGGAGCUAACUGCUCCCGAUGAAGACCGGAACGAAGACUCCGCCGACCUGCGGCUGUUUAUUGCUUAUAAAGGCUUCACAUGCUAGAUGACACCUCCCGAUUGGUCCAAGCUUGUCACAUGACAGAAGGGGGGUACGCCAUCUAGCUAAGCAAUUACAAAACAUACAUGUGCGAUGACACAGAGAUCUGACAGGGGGCGACACUAUACUACAACCACCAACAGCCACUGCAUUAUCACUGCAAGUGUACUAUCAGGUACAAUAUAAGCUGCAAUGCGGUAGUUGUGGUUGAGCGACACGCUCAAGAAGAAAGUGGACAGGCUUUCGCCAUUUCAGCGAAGUGAAUACCAACACUCCAUCAUCUGCUUUCUUCGCAGAGCAAUAAUACAUUGGCCCAUCGUGCAGCUAUUACUCCAUCGUGAAAAAAAAAAAAAAAGGCAGUUACGCAGUAUGUGGAAUGUCAAAUGUGCCCUUGGGACAAAGGAAUGACAAUGCAGUAGUGCAAACAAUCAAACGGGCAUUUAUUGCACCUUACAUAUGCCAAAGCCAUUUAAACGAAUUGCUGCCAAUAGAACACACCGAUGGGCGCUGACGAAUCGAGACAGUCUGGCUCACCGCGACAGGAUAUCAAGCAAAUAUGUUCACCCCCACGCUGGAUGCCAACGCCUAAUCGUUCACAUGUACAGUCACACGAAGGGUGGCAUGUUCGAACGAUUGUGUUCAUCCCUCCCGUUGCCCCGCUCCAAAACCUCUUGUGAGAUGGUCCCACAGAGCAUGCCGGCAGGCGUACAGCAAGUCUUCACGCUCAACCCACACCAAACCAGAAUAAGAGGCUAAUCCUUUUGCACCCCAGUAACCCCACUCUCGUUCUUUUAGAACGUGAAUCAUUAUGUCUGUGUGUUGGUCUUCCAAAAUUUGUAGCAAAUAUUUUUUUAUCAUGAAACUAGCCUGCCUUCUCUUCAAACUCGAUUUAAACAUAACUGAAUCUAUGCUUCUCUCCAGAGACGCUCCUCCUCUGUGCAUUUGAGAGCUGACUGCAUUCUUUGCAAAUCAAUGGUCUCGAUUGCAUUGUCCCCAAGUCAUUUUUCUGCAGAAGCUAUUAGAACCAUUACAAGUAUCAAUCCGUGAUGUAGUUUUCUCAAAUUUACCUACUGCAACAGCAAGCGUUGAAUUCGAUAAAGUAUUUCCUAAUAACGCUAAGCUUCUGCCUAUCAAAUACCUAAAAGGUUUAUUGGAUGACCACCUUGAGAACCUCCCUAUAAAUAAAGUAGUAGCCACAGAUGUAUCUGUCAGUGAAGAGAAGGCAGGAGUGGGCAUUUUUUUCACCAUCGUUAAAUUAGUCUUUCUCUCUUCGACUGCCCAAUUUUAGACCAAUAUUUCAAGCAGAGUUAUUGGCUAUCAUUCUAGCUCUACAAAAACAUCCCUCAUCUUAUUCCAUUGUAAUCAUAGCCGACUCCUUAUCCAUUUGUUCUGCUCUAUCAAUGCCAGAUUCAACACACCCCUUUGGCCUCGGCUUCACGUAGACGGCGCCCCCGGACUGACCCACCCGGGGGAAAUAGGUAGUUACCUUUUCCUGUCUCUUUCUCCCUCCAACCUUCGUCUUUCUCUCACUUUCAAUCUUUCCUGUCUCCUUCUCAUUUCUUUUUUACUUCUGAGCUUCCUGGCAGCAAGGGUUAACCUUGUGUGAGUUGCCAACCUUGGUUAUGUCAUAUUUGGUUAUAGUAGCAACGUACAGCUGCCGUUUACUGGCCCUGUUUGUUGGACUCCAUGGUGGGUGGCUGGCGUUGCUGCCGAAAACUACACGGCUACACAUAGCUACUUCUUUCCCUCCACUACCUGAUCGCCCUCAGAAAAGAUGGCACACCAAAGAUGUUUUCCCAUUUUUCGGAUGCCAAGUCCACACCUUCCCUCGUUUUCAUGUAGUACUCUCCGAAAAACCAGUGCGAACCGUCUCACCAUUCCUUGUUUCAAAGUCAUUAAGUGAAAUUUUUGGUCCAGGAUAUAAGGCGUCGAGGAUGGCAAGCGGUGAUCUCUUCUUGGAGCUCCACGAUCAGAACCAGUAUGAGAAACUUCCAAAACUAGUGUCAUUUGGGGAAACCCAAGUAAUCGUAACCCCGCACCGUACUAUGAAUACCACCCGUGGCGUAGUUUCAGAUGAUUACCUUUUGGAGUUAACUGAAGCGGAACUCUUGGAGGGCUUCAGUGAACAGAAUGUGAUCAAUGUUAAAAGAAUUAAGAUGAGGCGAGAUGGCAAAGAAAUCCAUACCAAGCACUUGAUAAUUACCUUCGGUUCAAGUAUCCUGCCCGAGUCAAUGAAGGCAGGGUAUAUUAAGCUCCGUGUUUGGCCAUACGUGCCAAAUCCCCUGAGAUGUUUCAAAUGCCAAUGUUUUGGCCACAGUUCGCAGAGCUGCCGAGGCCGCCAAACCUGUGCGAAAUGCAGUCCCCAUGAACACGCCUCUGAAGCUUGUGAGAACUCUCUCCUCUGUGUAAACUGUCAUGGGGAGCACGCCGCGUACUCGCGGUCGUGCCCAUCCUGGAAAAAAGAAAAGGAAAUUGUCACAAUCAAAGUGAAAGAAAACAUAUCUUUCAAGGAGGCACGUAGGCGGGUGUCAUACCUGCCUAAGAGCAGCUUUGCCGGUGUGGCGCGUCAGGAGGCAGCACCAAAACGGCUUCCGGCGGCUGUCCGACCCACAAGCAGUGAGUCGGCAGUUAGGCCACCUGCCCCCGUGGCGGUUGCAGCUAGCGCUGCUCCGUCGCCCCAGACGGGGCCAUCCACCUCUGAGCAGGUGGCCUCAAAGGCCUCUUCCAACGUGCCGAGACCUUCACAUCAAACAAAGCGCUCGGAACAGCGCGUGUCAAGCACCUCGCAAGAGGCGAUGGACACAACCACUAGCAAGACGGCCCCACCAGCGCCUAAGGAGUGGCAAGGCUCUCUCGAUAGCUCCAAAAAAGACAAAACUCCCGUCAGGACGCCUGCAAAGGGCCCGUGAGCUAAUCCUCAUCUCUUAAACACACAGCAAUAAACACAAGUAGCAUAAUGAAUACACAAAUACUACAAUGGAAUGUUAGAGGACUUCUCCAUAACCUCGACGACAUUAGAGAACUCGCACCAUCUUCCGCAAGGACCGUAAUGAAGCUAACACUUAAGGCGGCGGUGUAGCAAUCCUUGCAGACAAGUCUGUAGCUUGUCGCCACGUAGCCUUACAGACACCCCUCGAGGCAGUGGCAAUUAGAGGGGUUCUUUUCAAUAAGUUGGUAACUGUCUGUACCAUAUAUAUAUCCCCAAGCUACCACCUGCAAAAAGCCGAUCUCCAUAACUUCAUAAAUCAGCUCCCGGAACCCUACAUACUUGUGGGCGAUUUUAACGCCCACAACACCUUGUGGGGAGACGCCCAUUGUGACGCAAGAGGCCAACUUACUGAAAAUUUUACUCUGACCUCUAGUCCCCGCCUAUUUAAUAAAAAGGAUCCAACAUAUUACAGCAUUCAACACAAUUCAUAUUCAUCCAUAGACCUAGCAAUAGGCUCUGCUUCCCUUCUGCCUCAUCUGGAAUGGAAUGUGAUCAAUAAUCUUAUUGGAAGUGACCACUUUCCUAUAACUAUAAACUUAAUAACGCAGCAUGACAACCCUCCCCGUCUUCCCAUUUGGAAAUUGGCUUCGGCUGACUGGGAGCAUUUUAAGGAAUCAACUCAUUUAUCACCCAAUUUUAUAAACACUUUUAGCAUAGAUGAUGCUGUCAAAUAUCUUACCACUUUUAUUAUUGAUGCUGCUGAAAAGUUUAUCCUGCAAACAAAUGGUGCUUCACAUAAAAGACGUGUUCCCUGGUGGAAUGAAAACUAGAGAUGCACGAAAGAGGCAGAAUAAGGCAUGGGGCAUAUUGCACAGAUCGUCCAAUACAGAAAAUCUCGUUGAAUUUAAACACACAAAAUCGCAGGGAAGGUGAAUACGACAUCAGGCUAAGAGAGAAAGCUGGGCGAGGUUCCUUUCGGGUAUAACUUCAUACACACAGGAGGUAAAAGUUUGCAAUGGCGUAAGGAAGGUAAAAGGGCAGCAAAUAAAUCCGUUGCCUCUGGUGAACAAACAAGGGAAUACCUUAGAACAGGUAGACACCCUAGGGGAGCAACUUUGAGCGUGUGUCAAGCUCAAUCCACUACUCAAAAUCCUUCAUGAAGUACAGACAAAUAGAACAUAAGGUAUUUGAGCGGAAAUCCCCGUGAAACGCAUCAUAUAUAACCGUCCUUUCUGCAUUGCUGAGCUGAGAGCUGCCUUGAUCGUAUGCAACAGCUCUGCACCGGGACCUGAUAGAAUAAUGUACGACAUGAUUAAGAACGCACACACUGACACUCAUCUGUCAAUACUUGCGCUUUUCAACACUAUUUGGGCUGCUGGAUACCUUCCAUCUGCAUGGGAAGAAGCGAUCGUGGUCCCCAUUUGGAAGCAAGGUAACGAUCCUUCGUCAGCGGCAAGCUACCGCCCGAUAGCUCUCGCGAGUUGCCUUUGUAAGCUGUUUGAGAAAAUGAUUAACCGGCGACUCAUACAUAUCCUUGAAAUGAACAAAAUACUUGAUGCCUACCAGUGUGGCUUCAGAGACGGUCGGGCCACAACCGACCAUCUCGUGUGCAUUGAGGGGAAUAUUCGUGACACGUUUGUACACAAACAGCGCAGGCGACCCGUGGACUGUACAGUUCUAGGAAACAUUUCAGUUGGACGUUUUCACUGGGGAGGGUGGAAGAAGCGAUUAUACGAAGCUGAAUUGUGAACAGAUGUCAAAAUCUGCAAUUUUUGUAGCUAUUGUCGAUUCGUCUAAGAAUAAUUAAGGCUGCAUGCCAAUCAAUGUAAAUCAUAAAAUGGAGCAUUUCUGCUGUCGACGUGGAUUUGAUUGGGAAGAACUAGAGUUACAUCAAAUUCUUUCAAUUUUUGCUCAAUGAACUAAUGAUAUUCAAUAAUCAAGCAGUUAAGAAUUAAUAUAUUCAUGGUAUAUCAUGAGUGUUUUUUCAAGCGCCAUCACCUGUGAAGCAUAUGUACGAUUUUUGUGCAAAGCUCCCUGGAAAGCAUAUUGCCUGUGUAUGUAUGCACGCACAUAUCGAACUCCGUGCACAUAGACGUGAUGCUUUGACGACAAAUAUUUAUUAAAAUUCAAAUUAUUUAUUUCUGCCUUGUAAAUGUACAGAUAGCGAAAGCACAGAAAAAGCUGUCAGAUACAGAUUGACAAAGCCGCAGCCCCCUUUCGCUUGGCAGAGACUUUACAGCGAGACUUUUAAAACAAAGAUAAUUGCACACGGUAAUAACAGUUAUACAAUAAUGAGCAAGUACAAAAGGAAACAAACCCAGAUUAUACAAUAUUUAGACAAUACUCCCAAAAAAGAAAACGGCACAUACAUGCUAACGUACAUAGCACCCAAGGUACUGUUCGACGCAUUGAAGAGGUCAAAAUUAUUGUAUACAUAAGCUAUAUACAUAUUCAUAUAGAGCUACCAAUCCCUGCAAAAUAUAGAACGCAGAUUUUCAUUACACACAUGCACGUGCACAACACACACACCAAAAGGAAACGGCGACGCGCUCACAGGAGGCGCCUGAAAGAAAAAAAAAGGAAAAGUGUGGGGAACUUGGGUUGUCUUGCGCGGUAGUAUCUCCCUCUCCCAGAUGGAAUGAAGAGGUACUUGGAAAGCAGGGAAGGGCGAUUCUCUCCGUCAGCCUCGGCUCCCACCAGCGAGGAUGGGGCGAGGAAGCGAAGCGGGGCUUUCUGCUAUCUAUUUUUCUUCAGGGGCGCAGGCAAGUUCCCGCCAAAUGGCGUGGAGGCGCAAGUUGCCGCCAAAUGCUAGCUCUGGAUGCCAGCUCGUUCCGCGUCUCUUGGUAGACUAGUUGGUGCAUUUCUGUUAUCGUGGACUGCGCAUAGAAACGCAAACUACACAAAAGUGACAUGGACAAGAACAGCGCAAGCCCUUUCCAUGCAGUGGAGCCACCGUGUCUCGCCAUUUAAGAUAUGCGUACUCGUAAGUGGCAUUUUAAUUUCAUGUUGUGUAAUGCACGACAGUCUUUUUUCAAGUGAACAAAACUAGCUUUGUAUUGCGUAAAUGGUUUUGCAAUGUAUGACGAGCUCCUUGUUUUUUCAUUAUUAUUUUUUUUCUGACAGGAAGGAAAAAAAAAGAGGCUUUAUAUGAGAACGGAUCAAGCGUUCGAGAGUUGAGACAGGGAAAUGUGAGACGUACUUUCAUGUAUAUACUUCUAAUAUUACUUUUUCGUCUUGUAAGAGUGAUGUAUUUUCCUUAAUUUUUCUCUAGGAAACACUGGAACAACACUGUUUAAAUUGAAGCACAGUGUGCGAAUGACCUGCUACGCUCGGAACUGUUAUCACCAUUCGGGAAGAAAUCAGAUGAAAAAAACAAAACUGUAAAUACCUAGUACUGUAUGAUAUACGUCUGGUGCAUUGCAGGUAAGAAUGGAUUGUGUGUGGCACUUCUCCGCAUGUGGACUAGAGCAGAUUUAGGAACAUCAGACAAAAAGACACGUACGUGAAACGCUGCGGACAGCCCAUAUGUAAGUUGUUCCUCAAUUUUUCUGUUGUCGCAUUUUCGUAGUUUCCGUGUAAUACUUUGUCACUGCAGUCUCGACGUUAUGUAUACCUAUAAAUUUGUCUCGUGGCAGUCUGCGUGCUAUUUUGUUUGUGCAACAAUGUGUUGUAUUAAUUUAUUGCACUGCCUGGAUGUUUUUUUGUUUUUCUGCAACUAUAUUCUGAGCCAAGUCAGUAAAUCUAACCUUCCUGUCCUCAUGUUUCCUCAGGCGGCUCUAAAGCGUGGAUCACAUCGCAGAAGUUGAACGCACUGAUUUUCACUGAAAGUGCGCAGUAUAUGUUCAUUACAUGCAUGUGCAACAACAAAAUAAUUAUUUUGUCUGUGGCUGUGUCAGGAUCGGGAUUUCUUGCACACGACUGUGAAAAAAGUCCACUAUAAAUCAUCUGCAUGGUUCACAGAGUUAUUCAUUACUAUGUUUGUUCGUUUGUUUCAGUUUUUAUGAGCCCUGUAACUAUCCAAGCUUCACUCUCGACGGUGAGAGAGAAAUGUCGGAUACUGUACCAUUCAGAGCCAAGACCAUGGGAAUGGCUGAAGAAGAGCCUCCCAGGCAGUAUGCAAAACUCUCACAGCAGACCAGCAGUGUCCUUUAGCUGUAUCAUACUAUUUCGGGGAACAAAGACUACUUGCAAAUUGUUAACACUGCUGCAUGAAAAAACGAAUGUAUUUUAUGAUGGCAAAAUAAAUACCUAAAAAAGAAAACAUUGCGUUCACGUGUUUCUUUUGUUGCGUGUUGCGUAGAGUACAAAGAAUUAGGGGCAUUUAAUUAUGUUUCACGUGUGAAUUACGCACAUAUCGCGUAUAUUAAUUGUCAGCACAAGUUAAAUGCCUCUAAUAAACUGUAUAUCGUUGACCUGAAAACGCAACACGCAGCAAAAAAAAAAAAAGAAGCUGAUAUGUUUUUUAAUAUUAAAAUAUAAUUUAAAAAAACAAUCCGCGCCCAACCGAUAGCCAACGGCAAACCGGUGCUUACGAAAUGUUGGGUCGUAGACGGCCCGCGUGCAGUGUGCACUCAGCCACGUCGGCUGCAGUGGUCGGGCCUAAGUCACUUGCCGAUGGUCGUUAGACGUGAGGCCAGUGUCAAUCCCCGAUACCGGCCCUACAUCGGGCGCCGAGGUCAGGCCAACCGUUUUGCAGUCGGCCAGAUGCAUCGGGCCAAUCUUGUAACGGGGACUUUCUGUUGCUUGGGUAAAUGUCCAGGAGGGCUGCCGCAUGGUGUUUUUAUUGAGCCCGUAAGCGAAACGUAUGAGGAGCGCACCACGUGAUCCCUCAUACUACGCAAGGAAGGCGCUUCUGACAGAUGGCAACUCCAUAACUCCUCGCCGCCAAUAUCGGACCGACCCGCGGCGGAGGUGAAGCAGGCUUUAAGCACUCUGCCAACUUGCAAGAAUAAGUUUAAUAUCUCAAGUCCAAAUACAACUCGUAUCAGAUACUGAGCGGAUAAGAACAGAUCCACACUUUGACCCAUGCCGGCCAUGUCUACGUUCGCACCACCCUCUCUUUGUUGGCGUUCCAAGCGUCUGUGGAACCCGCUGCAGUUACUUAGUGGCUAUGGUGUUGGGCUGCUAAGCACGAGGUCGCGGGAUUGAAUCCCGGCCACGGCAGCCGCACUUCGAUGGAGGCGAAAUGCGAAAACACCCUUGUACUUAGAUUUAGGUGCAUGUUAAAGAGGUGGUUCAAAUUUUCGGAGUCCCCCACUACGGCGUGCCUCAUAACCAGAUCGUGAUUUUGGCAGGUAAAACCCCUUAAUUAAUUUUAAACGCUUGCGUAUCUCCUUUCCUUUCCAUCUGCUCUCUCCCUUGGUGACGGUCCCGUAAGGGUACUGCCUGCCAGGACUGCAAGGCGGAAAGAAAUGCAAACCUUCCAAGUGGCCCCGAUCCCGCAAACUUGGAACGUUUCGCUGCGGAGCAACCGCCAGGUUUCAUAAGGAGCUUGUGGGGAACCAAUUUCGUGUGGCCUGUGUUGUGUGUGACUGCUUGUGGUUUUCGAGUGACCUCACAACUAUUACUGCAUUGUGGGACGUCGACCAACACACGAUUGCCUUCGCUACGGUGAAGUGCGUGUCUGUUCCACAUGCAGGGAUUUGUUAGUAAAAGGUGUCGUGUCGCAUUUUGCAACAAUACAUGGGUAUGUAUACCCCCGGUAGCUCAUCAUCUUCCGAGACUCAACAACAUGGAGAAGCGACUAGUCACGCCUUGUCUACUAUUUAUGUGCAUACGGCGUUUGACGCACAGCAAUGGACAGUUUGUCAUUAAGCGGCCCACAUACACAGUUUCGCUAGUCAUCCACCUUCACAGAGUGGAAUGACACUGAAUUUUAUUUCGUUGUUUCCAUUGCGAUGGCUGUCAACAGCAGAAAGGACGGACACACACUAAAAGGCCUGCUUUGAGCGUUUAUCUGCUGCUGUGGUGUAACGCUUUUCUGUGCUCUCCCCGCGGGAUUACUGAACAGUAAGUACAGCAAUUUGUGCAAGCCACUGGCCACCAGCAGCUUUGCUGAAUAUGCCAACAUUGCUUUCAAAAAGUCAAUUUCAAGAUUUAUGCAUGCUAAAUGUGUCAAUUUCAACCAAAUGUAGUAAACAUGUUCAGAUGAGAGCAAAAAGCAACUUCUUCGGAUUUAUACAAUGUCUAGUAGUUCUUAAGCAAUCUUAAGAAUUGUUAAUUUCUGGCUCAAUAAAGGAAAUUUUAAUUGGGACUGAUUUUUCUUGCUAUUGUACAGCUGCUAAGUGCAAAUUUUGCAUUGUGGCCAAUACGUCAUACAACCCUCUAAAGAGCAUAUUUUUUCAAAGUUAGACACUUGUAGGCAAACAGCAAGAGCAUUGGGUAGUUUAGAUACAAAUUUGUAAACAGAAAAUGGAACGUUAUAGUUAAAUCAAGAUAUCCUCCCUUCGUAAAAACAGUUUUCCCAAAGCUCUCCUCCGGCUACCCCAUUGUUUGCUUAUUCUGCCAAGAUUUAUUGCUAUCUUCAUAACUAAUUAUGGGAUUUAGUAUCUUACCUCUCUCUUUUCAGGCUUUCACCAGCGACUACACAAGGACACUGCAUAUUCUUGUGUAGGAGCCACACUCCUAAAUUAGAGCCAAAAUAUCUAGGAAAAUAAUGAAAAAGUGUAAGUUUGGAAAGCAGAAAAGAUUGCAGAGCUGAAGCGGACAGUUCCAGCACAUUAAAGAGACUGUCUACCAUUCAAGGAUGUCCUAUUUUGUAGCGUCAAACAACGUACACCUUUCCAAGCACCUGAACAUGCAAUGGUUUCUUUAGAAAGCAAUUAGAAAUUUUUAUAACCAGAUUUUGUGAUCUGCAUAGUCUCUUAACACUGAGUAUGGAUGCCCGAAACACGGAUUACUGAAGACGAUGGCAAUGCUGUGCUGGUAAAGGCAAGAAGCUGAAAGUGUGUAGGGCUUCUGCAGGAAUGCUGUGCUAAACACUGAAAUUAUGACCACAACAGCCCUCCUCAGCAAGUAAUCAGUUUCAUAAGCCACUUUUAAAUGCGGAAGCUUACCCAAUGAAAAACUGCACGUCCUUCCAGUAAGACGAUCGCUUUCAACAUAGCGCCCGCAGCAGCGAGCGAAUCCACCUUCGUGCUGCCUCUCGCUUCAACGCAAACUACGCGGUGAGAACACAGCGAGAGCACACGAAGCUGUCGGCACUCGCUGCACUGAGCCUCCAUUGCAGAUUGCUAUCAAGAUUGGGGACCGCACGUCUCUCCAACACAAACUCAGUGGCGAGAACCAGCUUUCGCCUCAGAGGGCGAAAAAUCAACUGCGGCGCAUCCCAGCAUGAAGCACGUAAGUGGUACCGUAAUUUGG